UCUCCCUCUCCCUCUCUCUCUCUACCUGAUUCAGUUCCGCUCGGACGCUUUCGCGUACAUGACCGCGUCUCUCUCUCUCUCCGCUCGGCGAGCAGCACCGGACAGACCCACGCGCCGCCGCCGCCGCUGCUGCCGCCGCUGACCUCCGCGACGCUGCCGCCUCACGAGCCUCCCAGGCCGGUGUUACAAGAGCGGGAGACACCGACCUCCACCGGGAGGAGGAGAAGAAGAAGGAGGAGGAGGAGGAGGAAGAGUUGGCCCUGGAUUGGAAAACAAGGACGAGUGUGGCGUCCUGGAACCAGCUGUCCCGUUCGUCAUUCCCUCCUCUGCUCCGUCGAGGCUUCAAGUCUUGCCAAGUUUCCUCUCGUUCCUCCCCUUUCAUCCCUUCUUCCUCCUCCUCCUCUGCAGCUGCCAAACUUUCCAUCCAUCUCCACACCUUCUCACGCCCUCUUCUUUCGCUACACCUUCGCCUUUUGACCGAACAUGGCGUCCAAACUGAACCCCAACGUCCUGUAUGUGGCGGAGCCGGGCGAAUCACUGGGGUCGCCCCAAGCAGACACAGACAGGACUCACAUCAGUGGAGAAGCUGGAGAAGAGUCGUCGGACAGCGACGGUGAACAAGAGGAAACGUCGCACAAACUGAUCCGCAAAGUGUCGACCUCGGGACAAAUCAGGGCCAAGCUCCAUGUGCUUCUCCCAACUGCUCUGGCUAAUGAUCCAUACCACCAGAAAAGUGUGAAGGAGGGAAUCCUGUUGAAGCAGACCAGCUCGUUCCAGAGAUGGAAGAGGAGGUACUUCAAACUGCGAGGGAGGACCCUCUAUUACGCCAAAGACUGCAAGUCUCUGAUUUUUGACGAGGUAGACCUAUCUGAUGCUAGUGUGGCCGAGACGAGCACCAAGAACAUCAACAACAGCUUCACGGUGAUCACACCAUUUCGCAAACUCAUGCUGUGUGCCGAGAGCAGGAAGGAAAUGGAGGACUGGAUCACGGCUCUCAAAUCGGUACAGAAAUGGGAAACCUAUGAGGCCAGUCAGUUCAACAUGGAGCAUUUCUCCGGGAUGCACAACUGGUACGCCUGCUCGCACGCCAGACCGACCUUCUGCAACGUCUGCAGAGAAGCUCUGCCGGGCGUCACCUCCCACGGCCUGUCCUGCGAAGUUUGUAAGUUCAAGGCUCAUAAACGCUGCGCAGUUCGCUCCACCAACAACUGCAAAUGGACCACACUGGCCUCCAUAGGAAAUGACAUCAUCGAGGAUGAGGAUGGGGUGUCGAUGCCACACCAGUGGCUGGAAGGAAACCUGCCGGUCAGUGCUAGAUGUGUCGUGUGUGACAAGAACUGUGGCAGCGUGCGGCGGCUGCAGGACUGGCGCUGCCUCUGGUGCAAAGCUAUUGUCCAUAACAGCUGUAAAGAACAAAUGGGGAAGGUGUGUCCCUUGGGUCAAUGUCGAGUGUCAAUCAUCCCUCCCACUGUACUCAACAGCAUCGACUCAGACGGCUUCUGGAAGGCCACCUCGGCGUCCUGCUCCAGUCCUCUCCUCGUACUCGUAAACUCCAAAAGUGGCGACAACCAGGGCGUCAAGUUCCUGCGCAAGUUCAAGCAGCUUCUCAACCCGGCUCAAGUCUUUGACCUGAUGAACGGAGGACCGGAGCUCGGCCUUCGGCUUUUCCAGAAGUUUGUGACGUUCCGUAUCCUGGUGUGUGGAGGAGAUGGCAGCGUGGGCUGGGUGCUUUCAGAACUCGAUAAACUCAACCUCCAUAAACAGUGUCAACUGGGCGUUCUGCCUCUGGGCACCGGGAACGACCUGGCCCGGGUUCUGGGCUGGGGCGGACUCUGUGACGACGACGCUCAGCUGCUGCAGAUCCUGGAGAAGCUGGAAAGAGCCACCACCAAGAUGCUGGACCGGUGGAGCGUGAUGACGUACGAGGUUCCCGCCACAAACAAACACACGCAGUUGGUGAUGAAGGAGGACGACGGCCUCGACUCUCCUCUACAGGUGCACAUCACUCAGUAUGCAGACUCUGUGGCCUCGCACCUCGCCAAGAUCCUGGACUCGGACAAACACAGUGAUGUCAUUUCCUCUGCCAAGUUCUUGUGUGGGACGGUGAACGAUUUCGUGGCAGAGGUCGGGAAGGCGUACGAGAGAGCCACGGAGAACAAGGAGGAGGCCGAUGCCAUGGCAAAGAAGUGUUCGCUGCUGAACGAGAAGCUCGAUUCCCUCGUCAAGGCCUUGAGUGAGGAAGCAGAAGCUCAGGUGGUGCCAGCAGGUUCGGUUCCCACUCAGGAGAGCGGCGGCUCCAGCCCCGGUGAGAGCGGCGGCGAGUUGGGUUCUGAGGGCAAAUCAUACCGGUCCAAGGAGCAGCUGAUGCUGCGGGCCAACAGCUUGAAGAAAGCGCUGAGGCAGAUCAUCGAACAGGCGGAAAAAGUGGUGGACGAACAGAACCGACACACGCAGGUCCAGAGGAUGUCGUCCUCGUCCUCCAUCAAAAGAGAAAACAGCGAGGAGCUGAAGGAUGCCGAGCCACGUCAAGGAAGCUUAAGUCCCACCUCCCCCAUCGUCUUGGAGAAACCAGAGAGCCUUAACACCGUCACCUUCAAUGAGGACUCGGUACAAUGUUCAGAGAAGUGUGUGAUGAACAACUACUUUGGCAUCGGCUUGGACGCCAAGAUUUCCCUGGAGUUCAACAACAAAAGAGACGAGCACCCAAAAAAAUGCAGUAGUCGCACCAAAAACAUGAUGUGGUACGGAGUACUGGGAACCAAAGAGCUGGUCCAGAAGACGUACAAGAACCUUGAGCAGAGAGUUCAACUGGAGUGUGACGGCGUUCCCAUGUCUCUGCCGAGUCUUCAGGGUUUGGCUGUUCUCAACAUCCCCAGUUACGCCGGAGGCAUCAACUUCUGGGGAGGAACCAAGGAGGAUAAUAACUUCGGGGCUCCGUCCUUUGACGAUAAGAAGUUGGAGGUGGUGGCCGUGUUCGGCAGCAUGCAGAUGGCCAUGUCCAGAGUCAUCAACCUGCAGCACCACCGCAUUGCACAGUGUCGUCAGGUGAAGAUCACCAUCCUCGGGGAGGAGGGCGUUCCGGUGCAGGUGGAUGGCGAAGCUUGGAUCCAACCCCCCGGUAUUGUCAAGAUCGUCCACAAGAACCGGGCCCAGAUGCUCACCAGAGACAGGGCAUUCGAGAGCACGCUGAAGUCGUGGGAGGACAAGAGGAAGAUUGACAGCUACCGCGCCUCAAGGCCACGCCUCAACUCCCAGCAAUCCAUGGAGUAUCUGACGGAGGAGGAGUGCGCUCAGGUCCAGCAGCUCGGCAUGGUGGCCGACACGCUCAUCAACAAAAUUCGUGAAGCAGCCAAGACUCACAAGCUGGUGGAGCAGGAGUUAGCUCACGCCGUCAACGCCACCGCCCUCGUGCUCACCGAGGCCAAACUGUCCAGCCCUGAGUGUCUAAGUCGCAGCACAGCAGUGGAAAUCGUCAACAGCAGUAAAGUUCUUCAGGCCGAGACCAGGAUGAUGCUGGACGGAAAACUGUUGUCGGGUUCUCCAGAGGAGGAGGAGCUUCGGUCAACUCUGAACAGCCUCAGUGCUGAGCUUCACAAGCUGGAUGACAUUCACUGGAUUUCUCCACUCAUGCAGUGCUCAGAGGAGGUGAGUGCACAAUCUGUCCUGUCCACAACUGUUGAAAGGCGUCCAAAGUCUGCCAAAAACAAAAAUGUCACAGAAAUGUCAAGGUAAUACAAGAUAUCAA